CUUUCAGAGACGUAUUAACCCUGAUUCUGUCGAGUGUGUAAAUAGACAGACAACAAUGGCGACGAUGACAUUCUAUGAGUUGCUUGGGGUUGAGACCUCGGCGUCCGAGGGUGACAUUCGGAAGGCGUACCGGAAACUAGCCUUGAAAUAUCAUCCAGACAAAGUGUCGGCUGAAGAAAGAGAUGCCAGUGAGAUAAAGUUCAAAGAGAUCACGGAGGCGUACGAGGUGCUAUGUGAUGAGGACAGGCGAAGGGACUACGAUUUGGGCGGAUACAAGAGUGGCCAGAGAGGAGGUCCUGAGUUUGAUUUCGAUUUUGAUUUCGGUGGCGGAUUCGGCAAUGGUAGAGGAGGAGGUGGGUUUGGAGGCGAUUUUUCUCCUGAUGACUUUGCCAGCUUCUUUGGAUCUGGUGCCGGAGGAGGCAGACAGGGGAGACAGAGUGGUGGUGGUUCCGAGCGUGUUGACCUGAACAUCGAGUUCUCCACAACGGUCACACUGAAAGAUUUGUAUUUCGGGAAGUUGGUGAAGAAGACAUACACCCGAGAUAUCAUCUGUGUGAAGUGCAAGGGUUCUGGACUCAGAAAGAACGCAGUGGAAAUUCUUUGUCCCACGUGUAAUGGACACGGUUUGGUCGAGGAAUAUAGACGAAUGUCCGGUCUAGGGGGCGUGAUGUUUGUUGAAAGAGUGCCAUGUAAGAACUGUGACGGGAAGGGCAUGUACUCAAGAGCGGACGAUAGAUGCAGAAAGUGUAAGGGCAAGGGCGUGACGAAGGAAGAGUGCACCUGUGAGUUUGAGGUCAAGAAAGGCUCUCCAAAUGAUGGGAUUGUGACAUCGAAGGGCUUCGGUAAUGCCAGACCUAAGAUGAACACGGGAGAUGCCAUUUUGAAAUACAGAUACGAGGCAGACACAGAUGCAACGAGCAAGGAACAUAACUUCCAGAGAGAUGGCAACAGCUUAUAUACAAAGCUCUCUAUCAACCUUACCGAAGCACUAGGGGGCUUUGAAAGCGAUCGAUUCAUACAGACCUUAGACGAGAGAUGGCUCAACGUUAAACUGCCCAUGGGGAAAGUGAUCAGGCCCGGGGACAGCAUUGUUAUCAAAAAUGAAGGAAUGCCGAUACUCGACUCCAAGUCCAAUUCGUGUGGGGAUCUGUACGUGGGUGUGGAUAUUUUGUUCCCGAAGGAUAAUUGGAUGUUAGAAAGAGGAGACGUCGGAAAAUUGAGCAAUCUUUUAGGUUUUGUCGACAGAAGUAAGACUAAGACUAAAGAUGCACAUGGAGAUGAAAACGAUGACGAUAAUAAUGAGAACGACGUGGCAGACGUUGUCCCGACCGUGUUCCAGAUUAAAGAUAAAAAUAGCGUUCCUAAGAGCUUCAACACGUAUGUCAACAACACUGAGGUGAAGACUUUCGGUACCGAGAAUGCCAACUCUGGUUGGUUUGGAUGGUUCCGGUGGUGAGCGUAGACAACCGUGGCUAAUGGGUUAUGGUAUAACUUGACAUAUAGAAUUAAGAUGAUAGUAUUAAAAAACUAUAUAGAUUAUGAAUUAUAAUAUACAUACAUGCGGAUAUACAACCUUUUCUGCUUUUCCAUGCGUUCAAAAACAAACCCUUUUUCACUCAAAUUGCUGCUGGCCUCUCCUUUUGGUAGAACUCCAUAAUCUCAACCAAUUUCUUGUCGUCCUUCUUUCUCUCUUCAUCGUCAUCAUUGUCGUCGCCAAACUCGAGCAGUUCAUCCUCGGAAAAUUCCAGCAGUAAGUCUUCUGGCUCUUUCAUCUCGUCAGCGCCAACCUCUAAGCAAACUUUUGGAUCCUGUAGGUUGUCUUUGCGCCAUGCGCCAUCCAACUCCAUAGGACUCUUGAAUUCCUCUGCGGCAGCCAAGGAUGAGGCAGUCGGCU